UGAGCAGAUAUCAACAUGAAUAUUCUUGUACAUGUGGUUAGCUUUUACACAAGCUCACGCUCAGGCAGCAGAGAAGACACUAGCCACUUGCAAGAACAAAAUGGAGCUCUUGAAAUCAGUUACCCACCCGACAGAGUUCUGGGCCUUGCUCAAGUUUCAGUACGGAGGAGGGAAAGAUCACAUUAUGCCCAAAGUGGACGAAAGCUCUCUGAGCAGUGAUAUGAAGAGAUGUCUGGAGCUGCUCAACCUGACCAGUAGGAGCUUUGCAGCUGUCAUUCAGGCUCUGGACUCUGAACUCAGGCCUGCAGUGUGCAUCUUCUACCUUGUCCUGCGAGCACUAGACACGCUAGAGGAUGACAUGAGUAUUCCAGUGGACAAGAAGACAACUCUGUUGAAACAAUUCUAUACCUACCUUUACGACAAGGACUGGCGUUUCAUGGAGAGCACGGAGAAAGACAAAGUAGUACUGGAGGAAUUUCAAGUGAUAUCGGCAGAGUUUCGUCAGCUGAAGCCAGUGUUUCAGGACGUAAUAGCUGACAUAGCUAAGAAGAUGGGAGAAGGGAUGACCAAGUUCCUAGUGGACAAAGUGGGGACCAUGGCACAGUGGGAUGAGUACUGUCACUACGUAGCUGGACUAGUUGGUAUUGGUCUCUCUCGACUGUUUUCUGCCUCUGGUUUGGAGGGGGAGGAAGUGGGCAAAGACGAGGGACUGGCCAACUCAUUGGGGCUGCUGCUACAGAAGACUAACAUCAUUCGUGAUUACCUGGAGGACGUUCGCAAGGGGAGGGAGUUCUGGCCAAAAGAGGCAUGGUCUAAAUAUACAACUGAAUUGACGGACUUCCAAAUGCCACGUAACCUUGACCAAGCUGUGCCGUGUCUCAACGUCCUCAUUACCAACGCCCUCAAGCACGUUCCUGAUGUUCUCACCUACAUGUCGAGAAUUCGCAAUCAGAGUGUCUUCAAUUUCUGUGCCAUUCCUCAGACGAUGGCAGUGGCCACCCUGGCAGCGUGUUACAACAACAAAGCAGUGUUCAGUAGUGUGGUAAAGAUCCGUAAAGGGCAGGCGGUUGAUCUCAUGAUGCGCUCCAACAACAUGGUCAAUGUCAGGAGCGUCUUCUUUCAGUACAUUGGACAGAUCUGCACCCUGUUAUACAGCGACCCUACCAUCCCUGAAGGCGUGACAACGUGGGAACUGGUGGCAGACAUACGGGCACAAUGCGUGGAGGGAUUAGGGUACAAUCUCGACAGUGGGUCCAUCUUGCAGAAAACAUCCGUCCAGGUGGUGGGUGUGGCCACAGUCAUUGCCAUGGGGAUAGCCUACUAUGGAGGAUAUUUUGUGUCAUAACUAGUGAACACUCAUGCAGAGAAUAGUUUGAUAUUAUUUUUCUUCAACUCAUUUUAAAUUUGUGUAACACGAGUAUAUAGUACGUUGCCAUGCUUGUGUUCAAAUGAACUGAUUACAUAACUGAUAUAA